GGGAAGGAGCCGCCCAGGAACGGGGCCUGCUGAAAAGGGGCCGAGGGGCGGGUGGUGGUGGGGAGGUCAGGCUCUGCGCAUGCGCGCCAAGGGCCCCUGGGCAUCCUAGCCCCCCCCAAGAGGGAGGAAGAGGGGAGGGGGAUCCCUGGCUGCCCCCCCAAAACUCUGAUGGAGGCCACAAAACAGCCUGAGCCCCCCAUCCAAAGGGGGCCGCCUGGACCCCCCCUCAGCAGGAGCAGCCCCGAAAAAUCCUCCGUGGAUGGAGGCAGAAGAGCCGGCGAGCCUCGGCCAGUGGAGGACACGAUGUGCCCCCUUUGCCAGACAGGCAAGCAAGAUGGGCACGGAGACCCCCCCCCAGAACACCCGGGGGCCCAACUCUCUCUUGCUGCCUCCCCUCCCCUCCUUCCUGGCCCACAGACAAUUUCUAGGAGUGCCCCCUUCCCUGCUAGCUUCCGCUUGAGGAGACAGCGGUGCUUCAGGCAGCUUUUGACAAGCGAGAAGAGAAGUAAAUAAGAAAAUGAGGCAUUAAACUGUCCCUUUCAUCCGUCUGAGAAGAAGCGGAUUGGCUGUGGGUCCAAUCCGCAGGUGACUUCAGUCUGGGCUGCGUGGUAGGAUGAAGGGGGGAAAUGAGGUGGUUUCUCUUCCCAGGCUAUGAUGGGGGCACCUGGGCUGAUCUUGGAGGGCCCUCCUCCACCCGGGGACCUUCCGCAUUGCAGGCCCUGACGUCCCCUCCUUGUCCCCAGGGAGGCUCCUGGCCAGAUUCCCUGCAGGAGAGGAGAUGGAGAUGAAACGGCUCAGCCUCUCCCUGGUGCUGGUCCUCUUCCUCGUCCUGGCCUUGCAGAUCUUGUCGGCUGUCGAUUUUGACCCGUAUCGGAUCCUGGGCAUCAGCAGGACUGCGAGCCAGGCAGAUAUUAAGAAAGCCUACAAGAAACUCGCCCGGGAGUGGCAUCCGGACAAGAACAAGGACCCGGGAGCGGAAGAUAAGUUUAUACAAAUCAGCAAAGCCUACGAGAUCCUGUCCAACGAGGAGAAGCGGUUGAAUUUUGACCGCUAUGGCGACGUGGGCGAGAACCAGGGCUUCCCACACCAGCAGCACCAGCAGCCGCACCGCCACUCGCACCCCUUCCACGAGAGCUUCUACUUCGACGAGUCCUUCUUCCACUUCCCCUUCAACUCGGAGCGCCACCACGACUCCACCGAUGAAAAGUACCUGCUGCACUUCUCCCACUACGUCAACGAGGUGGUGCCCGAGAGCUUCCGCCGGCCUUUCCUCAUCAAGAUCACCUCCGACUGGUGCUUCAGCUGCGUCCACAUUGAGCCCGUCUGGAAGGAGGUGGUGCAGGAGCUGGAAGCCCUGGGUGUGGGAAUCGGCGUCAUCCAUGCUGGCUACGAGCGGCGCCUGGCCCAGCACCUUGGCGCGCACAGCACUCCGUCCAUCCUGGGCCUGAUCAACGGGAAGGUCACCUUCUUCCACAACGCCGUGGUCCGGGAAAACCUCCGGCAGUUUGUGGAGAGCCUGCUUCCUGGGGCCCUGGUGGAGAAGCAGAUUACGGACAAGAACUACAUCCGCUUCCUGUCCAACUGGAAGAAGGAGAACAAGCCCCACGUCCUGCUCUUUGACCACUUGCCCCUGGCGCCCCUACUCUACAAGCUCACCGCCUUCGCGUACAGAGACUACCUGUCCUUCGGGUACGUCUGUGUGGGGCUUCGGGGCACCGAGGAGCUUUCCCGGCAGUACAACAUCAACGUCUACACGCCCACCAUGAUGGUCUUCAAGGAGCAGGUGGAGAAGCCGGCCGACAUCAUCCAGGCCCGCCACAUGAAGAAGCAGCUGAUCGACGACUUCCUGUCCCAGAACAAAUUCCUCCUGGCCACCCGCCUAACCAGCCAGAAGCUCUUCCAGGAAUUGUGUCCCGUGAAGAAGUCUCACCGCCAGCACAAGUACUGCGUGGUCCUGCUCACGGGCGAGGGGGAGAAGUACGCGGAGAGCUACCAGGCCUUCCUGGCCUUUGCUGUGGCCAACACGAAGGAGACCCUGCGGUUUGUGCAUAUCUACGGCGACUACCAACAGGAGUUUGCCCGCACUCUGCUCCAGGGCGACGUCUGGUCUCAGGCCAAGUCGGCUGUGCUAGUCCUCGAGAGGCGCAACAACGCCGGGCGGGUGGUGUUCCGGGCCCUGGAGGAGCCCUGGGCGGGCACCCAGGAGGACACCUUCUCCCUGCUGGACUUCCUGGACCAGCUAAGGAUGGACGCCUCCUUCCUCUCCUCCCAGGCUGUCCUGACAGACCUGACGGAUGAGCUGGCGCCCGUUUUCUUCCUCCGGUGGGCCUACUCCGCCCUGGAGUAUGGGGUGGACUGCUGGGAGAGCCUCUUCCGCAGCAACUGGCGGGAGAUGAUGCCUUUGCUGUCCCUGAUCUUCUCGGCGCUUUUCAUCCUCUUUGGGACGGUGAUCGUGCAGGCCUUCAGCGAUUCGAGUGACGAGAGGGAUUUGCCUCCCCCCAAGAAGGAGGAGCCUCCCCCCAAGAGCGAGAGGAGCGACAUGAGCUUCGCCAAAGAGGACAGGAUUCCCAGAAAGUACUCGGUGAAAGUGACGGAGCUGACGGACAUCACCUACACCAGCAACCUGGUACGGCUCAGGCCCGGCCACAUCAACGUGGUCUUGAUCCUCUCCGGCGCCACCAAGACUCCCCUGCUGCAGAAGUUCGCCCAGGAGGUCUUCACCUUCACCGGGAGCGGCUGCCUCCAUUUCUCCUUCCUGAGCCUGGACAAGCACCGGGAGUGGCUGGAGUACGUGCUGGAGUUUGCGCAGGACGCGGCCCCCAUCCCCAACCAGUACGACAGGCACUUCCUUGAGCGCGACUACGCCGGCUACGUCUUGGCCCUGAACGGCCACAAGAAGUACUUCUGUCUCUUCCGGCCCCCCCAGCCUGAGGAGGGCGAUGGCAGCCGCCCGGGCCCCGGUGAGGACGAGGCCGUCGACCCGGCAGACGCCUGGGGCAGGCCCUCCUCGGCGUGGGGGCCCCGGGGCCUGAAGGGCAAGCUGCACCGGCUGUCCUUCUGGAUGGAGCGGCUGCUGGAGGGGUCCUUGCAGAGAUUUUAUAUCCCCUCCUGGCCCGCCCUGGACUGAGCCCCCCCCCCGAUUAAAGUCAUCCAGAAAGGUUGAGAAGCGACUGGAAUUACUCGGACCCGGAAGGAGGACCCGGGGAGCCUCUCGGAUGGCCGACGAGACUGUAGCUUUUAGAUGACCUCUCCUAGGCCCGGUGAGUUAGAAAGCACGCCCUCGCCCUCGGUGCCGGCGGAAGAAGGCGCUGACUGGCCCUCUGGCGCCGAAUAGUCCAGACUGUCUGGGGAACCUGGGCAGGGGCGGUUUCUCCCCCCCUCCCCGACUCCUCCCCCAGCCUUGGAAGCGCCUGCGGGAGCCCCUGCUGCUGCUGUCAAGACUUUCGGACUCCGGAUUCCUGUGGCUGCUGCUCCUGUGAAGAUGGGCUUUGUUCUCUCUCCAGACCGUCCACCUGUGGCUCGUUGGGGCCCGGCCUCCCCCAGCAUGCCCCGGGGCCCGACUCCCCCAGCCUUUUCUGACCGGCCGUGUCUUCCCUGGGCAACAGACCGGUUGACAGGGCGGGCAGUCGAGUGGGGGGAAGGGUUAAGGGGGUGCCUGCCACCCCCACCCACCCUCCAGGUCGGGGGAAGCUGCAGAACGGGCCCGGCCAGCCCCCCCCCCCAGAUCCACAGGCCAUUUUCCUUAGUCUCCUUCUGGGGCUGUCCGUGUCACGAUGUCUAGUCUAGAGCCAUAAGCGACCUACUGUACACACACACGCAUGCACGCCUGAUUGCAAGUGCAAAACCAAAACCCCCUUUGGGGUCUCCGUCUGGAGGCUCCUGAAUCUGGAGGUGACCCAGCCGCCCGGAGGGGGUAGGGGGGGAAGGCCGCCUGGACCCUCUGUUUUUUGGUGGCUUUUGUUUACAUUUCUGUGGAGCUGCCUCUCCCCCUCCCUGUUUUGGAGAGGGGGCUGUUCGUACUUUGAGCUGAUCUCUACAUGUCUAGAUAGGCUGCCAGGCUCGGACUGUGGGGUGGGGGGUUCAGAUGCUGCAGGGGGGGAGAUGAUAUGCAGCAGCUUCUCCCGCUCAGCUCCUGGCAGAUUGUAGGUGACUCUGCCCUUUCUUGAGGUGCUAGUUUUCUCCCCGCAAGGAGGCUUUUCGGCACUGUUUGGUCCAGAGUCCUGCAGGUGGUCCUUUACGGUGGGGAAACUGAGGAAAGAGAUGGGGGUGUCUUUUUGUGCAUGCCUUCUGCCUUGCCCUGCCCCACAAAGCUGGCUGGGGGGGGAAAUCAACCCCUUCCUCUGCCCCCAAUGAGGGAAAGGAUUGAGUUUCAGGCUGGCGGUGUCUCCCACCCCACCCCCGUUUGCCUUGACAGCAGCGGGGGAGACAAGAUGCCUUUAGGAGGAGGUGCCUUCAGGAAACUGUGUCUCUCCCCCCCCCCCCGCCAGCACUCUUUGGGGCAGGGGGCUGGCCCGGGCGCUCCAUCGGCCGGUGCCGAAGUCGAGGCGGUUCCCUUGCCAAGGGAUGGCGAAUGGCGAGCCUGGCCCCGGCACAGCGCUUUGCCCCCCUCCCCAAGUGGCCUGCAGCCAAAAGGGCGUAGUUGGCACAACCGCGGAGCCUUGAGCUGCCCCCUCCCUCCCCUGCAGGCCCCCCUUUCCCCUUUGGCGACUUUGGUUCCCCCACAACCACCUCUGUCCCCCCCCUCCAUUUGCCUCCCAUCUGCUGAAAACAAAGGGUGCCCCAAAAUGGACGGACACCAGGCAGGGAAGUCGCUUUGGAGGGAUAGCGGUGAAUUUUGCACUUUUGAUAUGGGGCUGGGGGUGUCAGGGAAUAAAUAAUUUAUUGGGCAAACUGCCUUUUUCCCCCUCCCCCCCCUUUCCGGAUAUCUGUGAACAAGCACUGCCUUUAUUUGGGGUUUGCUUUGCUUUAAGACUCUGAAACUGGUUUGAAGCUGAAAUAAACCUAUUUUAAUGUCUGGCCACAA